AUUUUGACCUUUAAUUUUCCUUAAAAACGUUGAAUGUUAAAUAAAAUUGCGUCGAAUGUUUAUCAUGUUUUAUGAAUAUUGGAGAUGUAUCGUGCAAAUCAAAAUGGACAACAACAAAGAGGAAAUGUUGAACCAUUACACCCAAAUCGGAUUAAUGGAAGACAACCUUCACCUAUAAAUGUACCAAUGUCGGUUUUAGAACAGUUUAGAGAAUCAUGGUUAACUGCAAUUAUUGGAUCUAUUUUAUUUGCAACUGGCAUGUGUCUGUUGUUUUGGAAUGAAGGAAGAGCAGUAAAAGUAGCAUAUUCUUUAGACGAAGCUUUACGAAAUGUGGCAGUACUUCCAAAUCCAUUUAAAUUGUUACCCGAAUUUGAAGGCCGACUAAUACAUAUUUCAGGACAAUUAUCUAUAUCGGAGCCAUUGACUGAACCUGAUUAUGGCAUUAUUGUGUCAUGUGUUAAAUUAAAAAGAAGAGUACAGAUGUAUCAAUGGGUUGAAAUUGAAGAAGAAAGAAGUUUUGGCGGAGUGACAGAAGAAGACAAACAUUACUAUUAUACGACAGAAUGGAAGGAUAAGCUUGUGGAUUCUGAUCAUUUCUAUAUUAGAACUGGUCACCAUAAUCCAAAAGAAAUGCCAAUUAAAAGUCAAAUACAAACUGCUAAUGAAGUUAAAAUUGGAGCUUUUAUUCUUGGAUCUGAAUUAAAGAAGAAAUUUAAUGAAUUUAUUGAGAUUACCAGCGAUGAAAGACCAGAACGAAAAGAUAUCAAAAUGCAUUCUGGAUUGUAUUACCAUAGCACAGACUUAUGGAAUCCCCAGGUUGGAGACAUUAGAAUACAAUUUUCUUAUGCAGGGAAACAAGGUGAUGUUUAUUCCGUUGUUGGAAUGAUGGAAAAAGGAAUUAUUGUUCCUUAUACCACAUCACAUGGAGAAGAUAUUUUACUUCAAAGAAAACACAAAAUGACGGUGGAUGAAAUGUUUCAUUUAGAACAUUUUCACAAUUAUUGGAGAACUUGGAGUAUCAGAGGACUUGGAUGGUUGGUUCUAUUUUUGGCAGCUACUUGUUUGGCAAAUAUAUUGAGAACAGUAAUACUUAAUUCUACAUUCUUAUGUGGAAUAAUAGCGAUUGAGUCAUUAACAAUGUCUGUUUCCAUGUCCAUUAGUUUAUUAGUAAUCGGUCUGGCAUGGGUAUGGUAUCGACCAGUAAUUAGUCUUUGCUUAGCUUUAGCUUCAAUUUUACCUUUUAUUUAUUCAACUUUAACAGCAUCUCAAUCGCAACAACGUGAUAAUUAUAGAAGAUUAUAGUCUUAUGCUGGAAAUAUUAAUAAUGUAUAACACAUCUAUCUAUAAUAUUUUUUUCAGUUUUUCUAUAAAGUUGUAAAGUUUUUAUGUACUUUACAUAGUAAGUAUUACCAAAGUGUGAAUUUCAUUGUUAAUUGUGAACAGUAUUACCAAGUGUGAAUUUUAUUGUUAAUUAUAU